AUGGUUAAACCUGUUGACUUUGACGAACUUGUAACAUGUGACAAAUGUAGUACCACAUUUAGAAAUAACGUAGAGAUAGGGUUGCAUUCAUUAACGCAUAGUAAAAAGGGAUUGUUUACAUGCCACAUUUGCGAAGAUUUUUCUCACAGCAACAAAAUAUCGUUCGAAAGCCACAUAAGACAGCAUGAGGGAAUUAAGAAGUACCAAUGUCCAAUUUGUACCAAGCAGUUUGCUACAUUAACAAGCGCCUUUGAACACCAAUAUGUCCAUUCAAAAGAAAAACCGUUUACCUGUGAUAUCUGCGAUAAGAAAUUCCCGUCUUCUAGUGGAGCUAGAAACCACAAAAAAGAAGCACACUAUGAAGUUCUUACUGGGCAGAAGAGUAACAGGUUUGACUGUAAGAUAUGCAACAAGCACUACGCAAAUCACUCGGGGUUAGCUCAUCAUAACUUCAGGCAUCAUAGUGAGCUAUGUACACACAUGCCUGCUCUUUGUCAUACGUGCGGAAAACACUUUUCAAGCCAAGCUAAGCUACGGAAGCACUUAUUCGUUCACAACGAAGAACGUAAGUAUUCCUGUAAGUUAUGCUCGAAAACAUUUAGAGGACCAUCAAGCUUGAAGCAACACCAAGUAGUUCACACUGGAGAAAAACGUUUCAGUUGUAAUUACUGUGAUAAGAAAUUUGCGCAUGCGUCUACUUACAAUUACCACUUGAAGAUGCAUACUGGAGAAAAACCUUUCUCUUGCCUUGUGUGCGGAAAAGGCUACAUUUCUACGGGAAACUUGAAGCUUCAUGUAAAGAAGUUUCAUGAAUCUCACGAAGUUAAAAGUUGA